CGGGCGACGGCUGCUCAGUCAGGGAUCUCGGUUGCAUCGCGUCGGUCGAGGGAUCUGCGUGCGGUCGCGAGCGUACGAGAGAGAGCUCUCGCACCCCUCGCUCUCCCCCCGUUUCUUCCCUCGGGCCGUCCAUCGGCUCGCGGCGUGUCCAUUGCCGAUCGUCGCGUUACCGCGACGCUCGGGGACUCCCGAUCCCGCCCGCGCGUCGAUAGUCGACCUGCGAGUGCCGACGAGGGGACACCCCGUGCGCGCCCGAGUGAUCUCGCGAUCUCGUCGCGCUUCCGAGAGGAGCGAAAGGAGGCGAAAGGACGUGCGGGACGACCGGAAGUAGGAAAUCCACCGAGGCGGACGUGCGCUUUAUUCCUCCCCCCCUACCACACUCUCUCCGUCUCUCUCCGUCGCGCCAGCGAGCGCGCGUUUUCUCUCUCUCUCGCUCUCCCUCUAUCCCGAUACCUCGUUCUCUAUCUGUCCCCCUGUUCCCUCCCCCGCGCGCGGUCCCCUUCUGUGUCUCGCUCGCGUCGGUCCUCUGUCGACGGCCGUCGGGGCCGCGCCUCCUGGACACCCGCCAGCGUGAUGCGCGUCGCUCCAGUGCCGUGUCCGGUCGUCGUCUGAUGACGGCUCGUCAUCGGACCGUGCUCGGCAGCUUCUUCGCGGCAGCGGUUAGCCGCCUGCUAUGCGGCCUGUGACCGUGACUGCCGUGCCGCUACGAAGGAGAGGAAGCCGCUGCCGCCGUCGCGACGACGCUCCGUCGACUCCGUCUAAUUAAAUGAUGCCGCUAAGAGAUCCCACGAAUAAGCAUGAGGGAAAGAACACCCUCUGCCGACGACACCCCAAAGAGGGCACCACCGGCACCGAGCAGAGAGGCCGCCUCGGCGGACGUAGCUGGUAGUGAGACACCGAGUGACGAUACAAUCGAGGAUUACCGCACAGCGAAAUUAUCCGGUAUCCCUUUGGCACCCGACGCGACAUCGUCAUCGUCGUUGCCGUCGACGUCCGACAGGAUGGUGGCGUCGACGCAAAGCCUGGAUGAUUUGGGCGUCAACCACUCUGCCAGCGCGGGCAGCAACGGCGAUCGUCAACUACAACAAGAGCGAUAUGGACAUGUCUACAGAUCGUCAUCGCAGACCACCCAGGACAAACGAUCACGGUUGAGCAACGUGAUCAAUAACUUGCGCAAGAAGGUGCCGGAUAGAAAUGCGACCUCGCCGCGGAAGGAAGAGGACAACCGGAACAGCGUUGAGCGGAAUCUGGAAACCUUAGAAAAAUACGUGAUGACAGUAUUAAACGGCGUCAUCAAGGAGGACGAGGGGGAAGAGGUGGAAGAAGAAGAAGAAGAAGACAAAAACACGGAGGAGCCGGAAAGAUGUGGGAAGAGUGCUAAUAAUGAAGAGGAGGAGGAGGAAGAUGAGGAAGAAGAAGACUCGACAGGUAUGGCGGUCCAAUCCGAGCUCUCGCACGAGGGCGACAUCGAGGCGGCUGUUGCACCGCGUCUAGAAGAUUCGGUCCCGGCUUCAGUCGACUCGUGUGACGUCGAGAAUAUCGAGUCAUCGAAUAUUGCUGACUGUUCGAGUGCAACAACAGUGCCGAAGGAUAACACGAUCCAUUCGGCGAACGAACUCGGUCAGGACUCGAAGGAGGCUUCGUCGAGAGUGGAGGAGGAGCGCUUGGACGCUGAGGAAAGUGAAAACUCCUCGUCAGACGCCCCGGAAAAUAGUCGAGAAGUUUCGCGGGAGCGGAAGAUGGGGCGUACCUUAGGUACGAUUAUAAUGGACAGGUUGAGCGAGCACCAAGUCGAGGAGAGAGCAAACAUCGACGACGGCAGAGGAGAAGAAGAGAGAGGGAGAGAUCUGCGUGGCGAACACGCGGAGGUGCGUGCAAUAUGCGGCGAAUUGCUGAGCGACUUGUUGACCGACGUUCAUCAAACUGUCAGCGAUCAAGGAGGUCGAAGACCGAAAGCCGAGGAGUGUGAGAGUGAAAGUGUCGAUGCGACCAAGCCGGGAGUGAACGAGACUAAAGACUCGAGCGUCCAGGUGAUUCAGGAAUCGCCCAUAACGAGCUUGCAUUGCAGUCUACCGUUGGACAAGGUCGCGUCAGUGCUUCAGAACUGUCACGGUGCAAGCGAGUCGGCGGUGGCGUUGCGACUUGCGUCGGAUUCGUCUUCAGGUUCAACGCCGACGCAGAAGUCGAAACCAUCGUCGUGCAGCACACCUCCGGUUCGAUUGCUCUGUCUUUAUUGCGACAGGAAGUUUCUGUCAAUGUCGCUGCGGCAGCGACACACGGAAAGGGUGCAUCAGCUCGGCGGUGGCAGGAGAUCGGAGAGGAACUCGCGAAAACCCUCCCACAACUGCCAAUAUUGUUCAGAGAGAUGCACCGAUACCCUCGAAGCGCUGUUCCAGCACAUGGUUGGCAGUCACGAAGACAAGUAUCAUGCGUGCGUCCAGUGCUCGACGAGAUAUCCCACCCGAGAAGCCUUGAAUGGACACAUCGGCGAAGUGCACUGCGGAAACACCGACAGAACUGGUCAGAAUCAGUCCGAAAAAAACAAAGAAGGCUCGCCCUGCAAAGAAUUCUGCAGCCAAAACCUCCGCGAGAAGGCAAACGCGUCGUCAAUCAGAGACAGAAGAUCCGAGGAAAAGGAGUCGAAGGGUCAAGAUGAUAAUCGACAAUCGGACAAUAUCCGAACUAAACUCAUCGCGACUCGAGAUCCUAUUGAUAAUCCAGCCAGUCCCGAGUUUGACAGUUCUUUCUACAGCAACGUGAGCUGUAACAUCCGCGAGAACCUGCUACACCAUUUGGACGGCAAAUUGCAGUCGAUGAGCAGCUCGUCGUCAUCGACGUGCGUGCCGUCAAUCGCCGCCACGAGCACGACAUCAUCGGGGACGACAACAGCAACGACGACGGUGGAAUCGAAAUCACCGCAGCAGCAGCAGCAACAGUCACAGCAGUCAUAUUACGAGCACAAUGUCAAUCAGAUUCAGUUGCCUAUCGAUAUUUCGUUGACCGCGGCGACGCCGGUCUACAACAAGGACUAUCCGACCAGUGAAGAGUACGAAAACUCGAGCGAGCACGCGCGGAAGGCCGGCAAGACGAGCAGCAACUCGCGGCCGCGUCGAGUUUCCUUCGAAAAAUACAAUUUCCCGCGCAAGUACGGCGGCAGGGAACAGUGGACGUGUUCGAUCAAGGAUCUCAGCAAAUUCGACAUCUCGACGCAACUGUCGCUGCACAAGAAGCAGCAACUGAUCAAGGAACGCCUUGGCAAGCUGCACCAGCUGCCCCCGUUGUUGCCCACCGAGACUACCGAGGUAUCUUUGGCCGAUCAGGAACUGGUUGAACCGAUCGUCGAAACAGUGGCGAGCAGCCAGGACAGCGACGACGGCCACCGCGUACUCGACACAACUACCGCGAUCCUUGACAACAUCCGCUGCGACCUGGGGGAAUCAUCUCCAGGCCACGACGGAACAUCGCGGCAAAUCACGACGGAAUCGUCCACGACUGCAACCGAUUCGUCAAGCCCGGUGCGACCGUCGAUUGCCACGAAAUUCAGUUCCGAAUUCGCGGACUUUAUGAGACUGAGGAGGCGAGAUCAGAGUGUCGAGAUCGCUAAUAGCCAGGACGUCAUCCGUGCUGAAUUGAGCGGCGAGUGGUCGCGACCGCGGAUUUACAUUUGCGGCGCUUGCGGCUCUAAACACAUGACGCUGAAGGAGAUGGAGGAUCACAAGGCUUCUAUGCAUCCGCGCGUCCUGUGCACACAUUUUGAACUAACCGGCGAUCAGCGCGAGCAGUACAAGCACCUGUAUCUACCGGGACAAUGCGCGGCCACCGAGGAAGCGCGUGACGCUGCACUCACCGACCUGGUGUGCACCAAGUGCGCCAAAGGCUGCUUAUGCAUGGCCGAGCUGCACCGUCACAUGUUGGAAUGCGGCGGCGAUCACGCCUGGCUGCUCGGUCUCACCGGCAGCAACAAGAAAAAGUGCAAAUGGCGGCCGUUUGGCAGCCGUAGCCGGCGACGUCGUCAGCGCGGCAUGAAGAGGAGCAUACAGAACUCGCAAACGCAACAACCGCGACUCGUCACUGCCGACAGACCUAGGUUGGUCCCUAGGGAGAAGCCGGCACCAACCGGGCCCAGGGUCCGACCCAGCGACCGUGAAAGCAUCCAGAAAAUGUUAGCCAAUCUACCGGCUAAGAGGGCCACGAGAAAAGUUUUGCAAGACAACGUAAUACGAUCACAAGGCAGGCUUCGUAAAGUGCAGACCAGAACAAGACCUGGCAUAAUCGACAGUGACAAUUUAUCCGCGUCACGAAUCUCGCGCAACAAGACGGCUCUGCGAAACAAGCUGCUGAAGAACGCCAAGUCGAUCCAACGGAAUCGCUGUCGAAGCGACAACAUAUCCGCGGUGAUCGAGAGCGUCGUGAAGAAGUGUCACGAGAUCGAUAAAAGAGCGGGCACUGACGCGAUCAAGAACAAUGCGGAAGACGGGGACAAGAAAGAUGCCAAAGAGCUCAGGGAGGGUACGUCAAAAUCGACUGGCAAUAAGACUUCGGGCCUGGACGGAAAGACCUUUCGACUAAGACUUGUCGGCCGGCCUAAGAUUCUUGGCAAGAAGGAGAACGUCAAGGCGAAGAAGCAAUUUCGAGGCAAAGGUACCGGGAAGCUGGUGAACCUAAAGCUGAAGGGCAGGCCUGUAAAGUUGAAGAGUGUCGUAUCGGAAACGAAAAAUGACGCGAAUAACGAAAUAUUCUCCCCAAAGAGUACACCAAAGAACGCGAAGGCAACACCGAAAUUGAACGAUGAUGCCUCUUUCGACAGCAAGAAGACGACCUCAACGACGAUUUCUGGGGUAAAGAGCAAGACCAAAUUGACGCUGAGCGCGAGGAGGAAACGUGCCAUCGACCCGGUAGCGUCCUUGAACGCGUCUAUCAAAGCGAAGUCACAGUUACGCACGCAAGAUGGCAAAUUUGCCCGAAAUCCGAAUAAGAGCUCGUCAACGAAAUUGUUGGACGACGGGAAACCGAAAAGCGCUGACUCGGCUGACGGCAAAUCAAAAGUGAAAACGAUGCAGAAAUUGAGGAAGGCCGAAGUAGUCCAGCCCCGAAGAGUCACUCGGCUGUCGUCGGACAGCGACAAGAUGCCUACCUUGGAACCCGCCGUGCAGAUAGUCUCUUCUAAUGAGGAAUAUACCGAUAAGUCGGUAAACGAUCUACCUAUUCUGUCGCCGGUGAUGUCGUCAUCGAUGUCUCUUCAGGAACAAAAAGUAUCGCGGGCCUCUGCAAAGGGCGUCUUAAAAGACAAAGAGGGAAACACUGAGACGCGGACGGAGAAAGAAUCGGAAAAGGAAGUGGUAAAGACCACUCCCGUGUCAGACGUUCCAUCCGAGGUGAAGAAGCUACUUUCAUCCAACAGGGAAGAGGAUGUUCUGAGUAUAUUGGAAGUCACGUCUAACGAUACUGGCCCAAGACGCAGUUUGAGGCAGUCAGCGCCGAAAUUGAAGGCGAACGACGACAGUCAUCUACGAGAGUCCGACGACGAGCUGGGCGGCUCGAAAAGCGCGAGCAAUGCUGAUUGCGAGACAAUGCCGGAAAAUAGUGCGAAAGAACAGAAAUCGGUAAGGGGGAGAAAGUCGAAAGAAAAGAUAAAGGACACAGCAAAGCACAAGGAAGAUACAACUGAAGGAAACAGGACGUCGAAGAAUAGCUCGGCGUUACUGAAGGAAGGAAGAGCGAAAAAUAGGAAGAAUCUCUCUGUCAACAAUAGCGCCGAAGAAAUAUCCAAAGCCGACGCGAGUAAGAAAGAUUCAAAAGCGAAGAAAGAGGAAGCGAAGGAAACUCAAAGCAAUUCGAAGACACGAAUAGAGAAAUAUUUAGAAAAACUAAAAGUAUCGGAUAUUGCAUACGAGGUGAAGAAGCUAUUGUCUUCGCAUAAAAGCGAAGAGCAGAUUUUGAAAAUAUUGGAAGUCAUAUGUAACAAAACUGGCCCAAGACGCAGUCUGAGGCAAUCAGCGCCGAGGUUGAGAAUGAGCGACGACGGCCCGCGACAACCCGAUGACGAAUUGGAUGGCUCGAAGAGCAAGAGGAGGAAGCUCGAGAUAAUCAAGAAAUCCUUUAGGAAGAUCAUGGAGAAGAGAAGCGUCAACGAUGUAAAACCAAGUUCGGAGAAUGAUGCGACUAACGACGAGGGACAGAACGAAAAGGGCAAUCCGAGCAGAAGAGAUAGUCGAGCAGGCGUUAAAACAAAGGAAAUCGUAAUCGACAACGUUAAUAUUGAAAAUAAGAUCAACACCAAGGGCGAGCCCUGCUCGGAAGGUGAAGGCGACAGUUCACGAAAGGGCAACGGCAUGGUAGAAAAACGUCGCAGUCGCAACAGGUCGAUCGACGGGGAGGCUGAAAAAACUAAUGUGCGCACAGUAGAAAAACAGGGCUGCGUCGUGAGCAAAGCAUCCAACGAGAAGGAAACCGAUGGACAACUCGAGGGAGCCGCAGACAAGGCCGAUAGUAAAAGCGAAAGCGACGACGAGACCGAUAGCAAUUCUGACGAUCGCUCGGAUUCCGCGAUGGUUAAUCUCAACCUGAGUCACUUGCAAUCGGAAACGAGCAAUUUGUCCAUCGACAGUGGCAAGGAGAACUCCCUAGAGACCUCCGUGAACGUCCACAGCAAGCUGAAGUUAACGCGACCGAAGAAGACGUGGGGUGCGCGCCGGGAGAGAUCGUCGCGUAAGAGAUCUUUGAGCAACGUCAUCGGCAUUUUGACAGAGGGUAUGAAUUCGAAGAACAUUCCCGCGGAGGCGCAGCAGAGCGUUCAGGUACUCACAGUUCAAACUAGUCUAGAUAAUCCGGAUAGAAUAAUGCGCAACGGAAAUGCGCAACAGCCGACCACCGGUAGCGCGGACAACAUGAUCGCGGUAGAUACGACGUUUAGCGAAUUAUCGUCGGUUCUGGCCAGGAACGAACAGGGAUCCACGGAAGGCGAGGUCAUCGCGGCGAAUGCCGGCCGUCGCAUGGAUGACGAGAAGAACGCUCAUCCUUGCCCCAAUAAAACGCAGGACGAAAACGCAUUUGCUAGUCAAAAGGUUGACGUGUCGCCGAACGUUGCAGCUGCUAAAGCGCGUGCACCCGCCAACGAUAUCAUCCUCGAUCUCUCUAGAAGGAAACCAAAGGGCAAGGGCUCUUUCCUGGAGAAGAUCGUGUCGAAAAUAGCAAAACAGAAGGAUGCUUUGCUGGAAGGUGAAGUAGGUUCCUUGUUGGAUACCGCGGCCGACGAGUUGACCAGCAUCCUCGAUGAGGUCGGACCCACCUUGACUGACAAUGCGGAAAACGUGAAUUUUGGUGAGACGAGCUGCGUCUCGAAAGAAGAGAGUAGCGAAAGCGCGAUGAAUGCAUCUACUGAUAAGGGAAUGCUGACGAUUGCCGACUCCGAAAUCCGGCCAUUGCAAGAUAGCAAAGUUACUCUUGAAGAUGUCACUUCCGAGCGUACGACGGAUUUGCUGGAAACUCGAGGCAAUGUCGAGGAAAAUUCGAUAGAAGAGACUGAAACGCGUAUCCAGAGCGAAAAUCAAUGUGAUGUGACUGGCGCUUCAGAUAAAGAAAGUCUUGUCGAAGAAUCGCAGAUUUGCAAAAGUAGUUCGGCAGUGAAAGAAGAAGUGACGACUGCCGCUCCGUUGGAGAGCACAAAUGACAGUCAAUCAACGACGGAUACUUCAACGGAGAAUCUUAAUUCGUCAGAUUUAACAGGAGGAACAAGUUCCGAAGGAAAGGAAAGUACAAAGUCCAGAAAGAAAUCCAGGAAGAGAUCAAUGGAAGACGCGUCCUCGCCCAAAAAAAAAAGCAAAAGGCGAUUAGUAGAAGUCGACGAAGAACGAGCUGAAGAUAAUACAGCGCAAAAGAAACUUCAAGUCGACGAUAGCAUCGCUUCCAUUCACGAGCCAGAAGAUACAUGCAAUAUUGAAAAGGAGCUUACGCAAGAAGAUAACGAGACUACGAAAAUUUCCAACGUAGAUACCGAAACCGAGAAGCUACAACUUGAUCUAAUAAAAUCGGCGAAGAAUGAUUCGGAGCUGAUGAGGUCAGAAAAGGAUCUUGCGGAAAAUUGCGACAAAUCGAAUUUAGAAGAAGUCACUUAUCUUCCAGAAACGAUUUGCGAUGUUGCAAAGAAAUCGACGACAAACAUUGAAGAAUCUAUUGAUGAAGCAAAAACCGAAUCUGAAGAAAGAACCACCGUUACCGACGUUCAGUUAAAAGAAUCGGCUGAGGAGAAUACGGAAUCUUCUUUAUUUCUAGAAAAAAGCAUUAAGCACGAAAAAUCUGUGGAGAAGGUUCAGACAGAGAAGGAUAUUGAUACGAAAGAACCUACGUCUAGGCGUGUAUCGAAGAGGAAGUCGCAGUGUGCAGUUGUUACAGACAGUACUCCGCAGGUUUCUGUAAAGCCGAGUAACAAGACGAAAGAGACAUCAUCAUUAUCCAUUAAAGAUAAAGUUUUGCAAUCGCCCGACGAACACUCAAUAAAAAUCGGCAGUGAGGACACAGACGCUUCUUUAAAAGGGUCCUCUUUAUUGCAAACAGUACCGAAGGAACACGAAGAAACGCAAGACAUAAAUAGUUCAAGCAGCGAUUCGACACCUUCGAAAACAACCAAGAAACGUAGCGCGAAGAAAAAAUCAUUAGCCGAUGAGCAUUUGGAACUGCCGGAAGACGAACCUGCUAAAACUCCUCCAAAACUAAACGAAGAGUCUGAAUCCUGUGUAACGGACUCUACUGAGCGAUUAUCUGCCAGCUUGGAACACUUCAAAGUACCAGAAAUGACGAACAUGUUGCAAAAUGCGAAGAAACGAGGGCCAAGGAAAAAGCUGCCGCCCGAGGACGGUCGCUGCAACAACGAAGGCAUUUCUGUGGAACAUCGAACGAAUGAAGAACCUGUAGAAAUUAGCGAAGCAUCCAAUUUGCCCGAAAAAACUGACGGACAAGAAGAAGAAGCCAAGAAGAGCGUCACUGAUAAACAACAAUCGAGAAACGCGAAGAAGCUCGAGAGAUCAAAUUCUUCAGGUUUAAUCGGACUCGUUCCUUCUCCAACCCAGACAAAAUCCACGGUCAAGAAGGCGCAGUCGUCGAACGACGAUCUUGCCGAUUCGAACAUGCCAAAUCAGAACGCCGAGAGCACGGACGAUUUGUCUGAAAGCUCCUGUGCCAGCGAAUCUAGCUAUUUCAGAAAGAAGCGAUUCGCGAAGAAGAAGAGACGGGAUGAAAAAGAUGCUAACGUACGAACUAUCGCUUCACCUAUCACAGAUUCGAAAAACAAGAAACGAAACGCGGAGACGAAAGCGGACAAAACUAAGUCGUUGCUUGACGAGCAUCUCGAUCUCUCCGAUUCAGACGACAUUGAUGUUCCGAUGGACAUCCGAGCGUCAUUGGAGAACACGAAGGCUUUGGAGGACAUUGAACGAGAGUUUGAGUCAACCGAGAAAUCGCGAAGCGAGGAAAAAUCUGUAACCGAUGAUUCAAUGAAUAAAGACUCGUGUUCACCGUUAGAGCGAACGGCAUCGAAGAAUUACGAUUGUCCCGAUGACUCGGUCACCCCGAAGAAACGCGCUGCCGGCAACUUCGUGGUGGUACACAGGAAAACUGGUGAGAUCUUGAUCGUGGAGAAAAGGAAGAAACUGACCAAGGAGGUGGCGAGAUUUUUCUGCCAUGUGUGCGCUACUAGCUUCACUCGGAAGAGCUCGUUGAAGAAGCAUAAAUUGUCGCAGUCUCAUCUGUCUCAGAUAGCGAAAUGCAAGGAUAAAGUCGAGCCCGCUGACGACAGCGCGUCCACAAACGUCGAGGAAAACGAUUGGAAGAGUUAUGAAGCAAGCGAUCGACAGGAGGAGGAUGUUUCAGAGAAUAUUCAAUGUGACGAUGUUAUCCAAAAAUCCUUAGAGUCCUUGGACAAACGCGCUUCAUACAUGGGUGACACUGAUGACAGACAAAUGGCAGACUCUCUGAUAAACCUUGAAGCAAGCAGACAAACAUUAGAGGACAAAUUGUUGGAUGAGGAGAUUUGCAAGAUCACGGAGAAUAUGAGCCAUGACGAGUACGUUUUGACCGAUCAGGUGACACCACUCUCGUCAUCGACUCCGAGCCAGCCGGUUCAGAAGAAACAUGAGGAUUCUUCUGAAAUUAAAAACGGCGAGAAAAAACGAAACAAGAAGAAGAAAAACCUUGCGGAAGAACAUUUGCUCUUGGACUCUCCUGAGGUGGAAAAGUCUAAAGUAGACUCGGAGGAACUUUCGGAUGCUAAUAAUACCGCCACGACGUUUCAUGAGCGCAGCACGACGGAAAAAAUACCGGAAACGGUGGAGAAAAUGAAAGAGGUAUUUAAAGAAAUUCCAUCUCUGGAUACAAUUGAAGCAAAGGACCAAACAACAUCAGAUCUUAAAUUUUUGAACGAAGAGACCAACUCCUCAAAGCUAUCCACGUGUGAGAUCGAUACGAAGUCUGACCAACAUACAGAAUCCGCAAGGACCACGAGAAGCACGUUAAGAAAACUCACCAAACCAGAUAGCGAAGAAAAAGAGGAAACUCAAGUUUCGACUGAGGUGAAUCGCUUCGGUCUAAGGCCCAGGAGAAGCAAGAAUUUUAUUCCACACUACGGAGAAUCUGACAUUGAGAGUUAUGUAUAUUUUAUGGAUAUUCCUAUGGAACUUAACAGCGAUGAAAUGGAAAACAGCUGCGACGCGCAAAAAGCGCAGAACGUAGCGGAAAGAGAAGUAAAUGAGAAUGCUUCACGGGAAAAACUGCAUGUAGGAUCGAAGCCGGACUCGACGAACGAUACGAAAAAAAGGAGACGUGGUAGACCGAAACUCAAGAAUCGAAUCGUUGCAAGUUCAAGUGUUACUUCGGUUUACGAGGAGGCUAAAAUUAAGGAAAGCAGCGGCGUUGCCACUCUUGAGGAAUCAAAAGACAAUGAUCAAAAAUUAGAUACGUCUAUUAAAGAGCACGAGAUGCAACGUGUUAACACGGCUGUCCAGCCUCCUAAACGUAGUAGAGGCAGGCCUAGGAAGAAUCCUGUACAAAUUGCAAGCAAUUCCACGGCGCAGGCAAAUAAUUGCGAUGUCUUCAAAUCGAUAAAACCAAACUGCGACGAGACAAAAGAGAAACUGGAACUGAUCGAGUCGUGCUCUGAUGCGAUCGCCGAGAAAGUAACGCCAACCAAUUUAAUAACUUCUUCAACAUUGAACACUGAAUCUUUAUCCGUUGUCGAAGAUCACGUUCUAGAAUCGAAUUUAUCGGAAACGAAAAAGGAGGAGCCAUCAGAUGUGGAAGAGAUCCGACGCACCGAUUUGAACACCUCGGAAGAUCGAUCGGCGCAGAAAGUAGAAUUUACGGACGUUGAAACAAUCGAUAAUGUACAUGCGACAAAUACGCUUUCUUUGCACGCUUCGUCAGAGAAGGAAAAAGUCGAGCUAUUACCGCCAUCAGAGAUAAGCGCAGAAGAUACAGAAUGCGUAUCAGAGAAAAAAUCUGCUCACGACACAAGCAUAAAUAUUGCGGACCAACUUCUGUCUGAAACCACCGAAAAAACGUCAAUCGAUAGCUUGAAAUUGAUCGAGCAGCAAACAACUGAACCUGAUGAUGAUAAAAAUGCUGACAAAAUCGAAAUCCAGAAGCCGACAGAUAUUUCCGAAUUACCGAAAGAAGAGCAGACAAAGGUAGAAGAAGAGAUUCUUCUCGAGAACAAAGUUCUUGAAGAAACGAGACUCUCGUCGGCAUCAGAAGGCAGCGAAAAUGAAGCGUUGCUCGCUGAUGACAAGGCUAUUCGGGUCACAGAUUCCUACGAUUCGCUACCUCAGAAGAAAGACGAUUUAGAAGAUGGCGACGAUGGCGACGAAAGAACUCGAUUAGAAUCGUCCGGCAAGAAAUCAUUCAAGAGUUCUUCUCAAUCGGUGAGUAAGGAGCGGCACGACGACCGGAAGAAAUCAACAGCGUCCAAGAAUAGAAGAAGAAGAGUCGCGGCAUCAAAGAUCUCCGAGUUGUCGAGCGACAGCGAGAACGAGGGCAAGAUCGAAUCCGCUUCCUCGAACAAGAGCAAGAUUGUGAAGAGCGUGUUCGGCCGAGUGUUCGGCUGUGAGAAAGUGGAUAAAGUGAAGGAGGUGCUGAACGACUGGGUGUCACGAUCGGAGGAUGAUUCCACGGAUGCGUCGAGGAGUGCCUCGGAAGCGAGAUUCUGCGUGCGCGAGCCCGCAAAGAUCCCCGAGAACGGAUACAAGAAAGACAAAAAGCGCUAUUCGAGCUCCAACACGAAGAAGAACGCGGAGCGAUCAUCCAGAAGGAAAGGCAGCGAUAAGAGCAACGGCAUCGAAAUUCAUGGGAAAUCGAAGAACCGGAAGAAGCAAGAGAGAGAUCCUGACUCGAUGCCUGAAGAUCGUAUCGAAUUACCAUCGCUGAUCUAUACGACUAAGCGGAAAUCUAGAGAGAGCAAGAUAAGAGCAGAUGAAAGGAUUCUGAGAACCUUCGACGACGAGUCGCCGAUUAUUUCGGAAGACGAGAAUGUAGACGGGAUUAAAGAAACGGAGAGCCAGUUCGAGAGCGGCUCUUUGAACGAAAAGGAUAAGGAAUCGAGGAAAUACCAGGAGAAAGACUGGAACGAGGAACGAUCAAAGAGUAAGAACGCGAUCUCCGAAGACUGCGAGAAUCUUCGAAGCAAACACGACGCUCAUGGGAAAUCGAAGAACAACUCGAGCUAUCGUAAGAGGCAGAGUGCUAACGCGCGGGAUGAGCGUUCCUCAUCGCCGUCGCAAUUCAACGUGUUCAAGUACAGGCGAAGGGAGAGUAAAACCAAAGCCGGCGAGAGGAUUUGGAAAACUUUCGACAACGCGACGUUGUCGUGUCUUUCCACUGAGCGAGACCUCGAUGAGACAGGCGAGGUGGAACAAGAGACUGAAUUUUACGAGGCCAGGAAUCACUCGAACGACUCAAAAAGCGUUAAGCAAGCGGAUGGUAACGGCUGGAAAACGUCCGUGCUGGAGGAAAAUCAAGAUCAAACGCGAACGAGCAAUGGGCGUGGAAAAAUGAGAAAAGAUUCGAUUAGUCGCAAGAGGGAAGAUUUCGACGCAACAGGUAACGAAUUAGUUUCAAUUGGCAACGUAUUUACGGACAAACACAAGGUCGGCAAGACGAAGGUAGAGAAGAUUCCGAGAGACUUUGAACACGCAACUAUUCAGGAAACGAACAACCGCACGCAAGAUGGUCUCGAAUCCUUCGUUUACGAUACCUCGAAAUAUAUGGAUCAAAGCCACGAUGACUCGUCAACGAAGCUAAAUCAGUCAAGGAAGGUUUCAAGAAGCAGUAGAAAGGAAAAUGCCAACGAAACUUGGAAACAUUCAGCGAGAAAUCUCGAGUUUGAUGAGGAAGAUGAUCAACCGAUCGAGAAGGACAUCCGGCGAAAGAACAAGGAGUCGCCACGUAGUCGUUGCAGUAGUCUAGCGGACGAGGGACCGGUGGCAAAGGAUCUCCUGAAGGGAAAUUCUCAGGCAAUUCCAGAAUCCGAUAAUGAUGGCAACGAUGAGAAAGAGGAGGAAGAGGAAGAAGAAGACGAUGACGAAGACGGUGAUGUUAGUAAACGAAGGAUGUCGCCGCUUUACGCUCGCGAAACUCCCGAUAGUUCGAUAGACAGUAGCUCCAACAAUGAGGAGGAGGAGGAAGAAGAAGAAGAGGAGGAGGAGGAGGAGGAGCAAGUAACGCACGAGGAUAAUUCUAGAAAGACGAAUUCUAACGAGUUCUCUGGCGAAAAGAUCAUCAUCAGGUCGCCAUCGUCGGGACACGGGUCGGACGUAGUGACGAUCGCACCUACGGACGCGAUCGAGGAUAACGCGUUGGACGUGCCGAGGGAAAUCGCGUCAGCGACGGAACCACGGCAGGGCAAGAUCUUAAACUUCGACGAGGAACUGUUUGUCGAGUGCUGUUCGAGACUGAAGGCCACGAGCGAGAACGAAUUGAGAGGCGCGAAAAAGAUCAAGCUGGAUCACACGGAAUCCUACCACAGGAGGGAUGAUCAGUCACAAGGAUUUAAAAUCAACAGGGACCGGUGGAGGGACGUGGAGAGUCAGAAUAGCCUCGGCAGCCUCCUCGAGUCGGUGAAUCAACUGCUCGGCGAGGAAAUGUACAACAGUCACGAUAGAAGUUAUCGAACGCGAGGUAGCGAGCGAUCGAGCCGAUCUGCCAGCCCGGACGCGUCACGUGCUGACAAUCUGGGCUACGAGGACAGCUUAAAAGUCGCCUUUGAGCACAACAACAAACUGCGAGAUAAAAUCCAACAACGCAUGAGGGAAAGCGAAAAUCUAAUAGCCAGCACAUUCAGUCAGAAGACUAACGAUGAUAAUCAGGAUUACGCAGACGAUGAUAAGCGAGAUAGUGUUGGAAAUUCGUAUUCCUCGAGUAUGCACGAGCACGAACAGCUGUCUACAUCAGUCACAUCGAAUAGAGAGCAGGAAUUGUCGCCAGCACAUAAGAAUAAAAUGAAUUCGACUUUAGGCGGUCUGUUAGAUAAAGCAUUGUCUAACUUGUUGCACAACAACGGCAAACACGAUCACAAUGGCUCUGCACCAAUGAAACUGCUGGCGGAACUGGCCUGUGCGCGAGCUCCGACUUCUAUGUCACCGAAGGAUACCGCAAGCACUAAGAAUCAUCAAUCGGUGAAGAUGGUCGCGGCAGCGGUGGCAGCGGCAGCGGCAGCAGCGGCGGCGGCGGCAGCGGCGGUCAAGGAUACUCCGGAUUCUCCAAAGCGACCGGCGAGGGAUCCAGCGGUGACAUCGAGGUCUCCGUCAACGAAGAAGGCGAGGAACCCCAUCAAGGAAUUGUUUGAGCGCAAGAAGGAGAUGAACGACCGAAAGGAGCAGGAACGCUCGAAGAUUACGCUGGAGAAACUACGCAAGCCGAAGAAGAGCAAGAGGCAGCAGUUGCAACAAGAUUUCCCACUGAUCCGCAGGAACGAACGCUGCGGCGGCUUGGUUGAGAAGAAGAAGCGCCGCGGCUCUUUCGAGCGCAAGACGGAGGAGAGAAUAAAGGACGUGUACGAUUUCGACGAGGAAGAGAGUCAGACUGCGCUGCCUGCUCUGGGUAGCGUGAUGUCCUACAGGUGCCAGGUUGACAAGAGCUACGAGAGCGCUUGGUCGAGAACGAAAAACAGCGAUGGGGAGCUCAACUUGGAGAACAGGACCAACUACGUCGCAGACACUAAAUUAAAUGUUGUCGACCGUAAGCUUCAAGAGUUGGAGAAGUUCACGCCGAAAACGAAGGGUGCUCUGAAGUCAUUCCAGAGCGAGCAACGGCAGCAGCAGCGGAUUGCUGGUUCGAUCACUGGACCGAUGGACGAGUUCGUAGAGAGAAAGCAGCAACGCCCGAAGCGACCCGUGGAACAAACCAUCAAGCAGCCUAACAAGCUGAAAAAGCGAAGCAAGAGCGCGAAGAAACGAGCAAGGAACGCGUGGUACGAGAACGACAGCUCGGACGAAUUUCGGACGGCCGCGAAAACGGAGGACGUCGGCGUCGGUAUCUCGAAGAGUCAGCGUGCGUGCUCGAAGGGCAAGCAGAACAUUUUUGCGGACCUGUCGACGUCGUCCGAGAGCGAGUACGAGCGAGGCGAUGCCGAUCCUGAGGCCGCCAGCGAGCAGCGAACGUCGCGAUCGAGGAAGAACGCGAAGAAACCAAUCGGCACUGACGUCGACGAGACGGAUCGUGAUCAACAUACGAUCGACAACGAAGAAUUCAAGAACGAAGAUCAGAUUGUGGACGAUUGGCGGGACCGAGUGGCGCAGGAAAGUAUCGCGAAGAAGGAUUGCGAGGCUGCAAAAUCGGAAUCGGAAAUGUCGGAUCAUUCGUUGGUGAUUGACGAGAGGAAGAUUAUGGACGAGGCGAGAAACAGCGACGAUGACAUGGACAAUCAGUAUGAACGGGCGUUCGACCUGGACGAUCUGUACAGAGACGACAGCUCGGAUGCGGAAACGGAGGAGAACGAAGAGAGUAAAGAAGAAAAAUCGAUCACGCAAGAGAUGAGGAAUGGCGUCGACGUGCAAGUGGUAAAUGAAAACGCGACUCUGCAGGCGGAAGCCGCUGCUACGAACGCGAAAAGGUACGCGCCAGAGAACGAAUUGAUUCCCUUAGAAGAAGCCUUGGAUUUCCUGGAUCGACACGAGGACCUCGACGAAAAAUCGGAGAACAUGCACGCGGAAGUUCAACCGAAGAGCAACGCCGUCAAUGGUACCGCAGAGAUGGACGAGGCUUCCAACGAUGAGGUCGUCGAUGAGAGCAAAGUUCUCAACUCUAAGAAGAUGCGAGACGAGAAGGAGGAGCUGGACGACGAUGCGCCGACCUUACCGGAGAAACUCUCGAGCAAUGAAAAACCGCAGAAAGCAUCCGACAAUCUCCCCCUUCACGUGUUUCUUAGCAGGAAGGUGCAGGAAUCGAAGAAGAGAAAGCAGCAGCAGUUGGACAAGCUACGAGAGGAGCAAAAGAGAAUACUCAUGGACCUGCAGCCUACCAGGCGGCAGCGAAAGUGCGCGAUAGGCAAGCAGGGAUUGUUGGCGGAAAUAAGCAGCUCGGAUGAAGAACCGUACGCCCGAGAUAAUAGCAGAAGAGCGAACGACCACGUAACCGAUAAAUCGCGUAAAAAACGGGAGUCAAAGGAGAAGAGAAAGGAGAGGUAUCUCGAAAAGAAGCACGAGCAGAUGAUCGCCAAGGAGCAGAAGGCGAUCGAGGAGGAAAUUUUGCGCGAGGUCGGCAAGAGAAAGGAGAUCCUUUCGCAAAACGUCGACGACACUGCUGCAUUAAGUGCUGAUACAACGGAAGCUAAAGUCACUUCGGGACACGCUCAAAGGAGGAAACACCAGACGAAGGAGAGACAAAAGAGGAGCACUGACGAGAACGCGGAGCGCGCGACUUGCCAGUCUCCCGUCGGCACAAGAACCAACAGCGACAAAUCCGAAUGCGCGUUCUCUGCGGCAGAGAAUGCGACGGAGAAUAACGGGCACCUGUCAACCUCAACGAAGCAGAAGAAAUGCUCGAAGUCACCAGUAAGAUCAAGGAAGCUCUCGAGGCCCGAGAACGGGAAGGUCUCGGCGAGCAAGAAGGGCAGGGACGCGACAGCGGAGAGAUCGAAGAAGACAUCUGCGAGCAACAAGGACUCGAAGGAGCGCAGAUCGUCGAGCGGGAAGCGCGACUCCGACGACGAGGAGCUGAAGACCACCAAGUCGUGGAACAAGGUCGAGGAGGGCGUCGGGGUGGCGAUCGGCCGGCGAAAGCGCAGUGCCGCCCAUCAGUUGUACUACUGGUCCAGCUCAAGUGACGAGGAGGAGGUGCCGGAGCCGGUCGCCGCGCCCGAGGAGGAGGACGAUCGGCAGGAGCAGCACGGCUGGAUCGUCGGCGACUCGCACAAACGGAUGAUAACGAUGCUGGCGAUGGAGAAGCAGCUGAAGGAGAAACGACGUAGGAGCGAGGACGAGUUCGAGCCCGGCAAAUCCAAGGGCAAGAAACACCGGAACAGCACCUCUUGAUACGUGUUUCACGAUUGAACGGCGAACGACGUGCGGUGGACGUGAUACGAUAAUUCUCGUUUUUCUUGUUUUUAUUAUGUUUCUUCGCUUAGGGAAUUCAAUUAUGGAGAAAAUGCAACCG